AUGAUGUAAUUAUGUAGAAUCCCUAUAAAUAAUAAUGGGAAUAUUAAUAAGUAUAGAAUUCUCAAUAUAAAUUACUGGAAUUGUUAAAACCUAUUAAAUUUAAGAAGUCCAAGAAAAAAUACAAUUUUAGAUAGUGAAAGCUAUAUAAACAAUUAAUAGAAACUACCUAAUUUGUCUUUAAGUAUAAAUACUAAUAUUAAGACUUGUAAUUCAUAUAGAAUUUAAGCAAGAUAAUCAUUUUAGGAUAUAAUUAAAUGCAAAAUAUGCUUCACAUAUAUUGAAUAUGAUAACUUUUAAUUACAUUGCAAGCACAGCUUCCAUAAAGAUUGUUUGAAAGAUUAACUUUACUAAUAAAUUAAUUAAGGAUAAUCCCAUAUAAAUGUAUUAGUUGCAACGAAGAAUACAAAACUAUUAGUUGAGAAAUCUAUUAAACAAGAGUAUGAUUGA